GCCUCUCUUUAUUCAUUUGAUGGUUUAGUGAGUAGUCAGCAAAAGUCCCAAUCCAGAAACCAGUUCACACCGGUCUGCGGAGCUAGCGCGGAAAAAAUUGCCGAUACAGCAGGCAAACACCAGCAACGAUAAUAAUAAUAUCUUCUAUCGUUGUGCUCGCGAGCGCACCACAGCAGGAAAGGAAGUAGGUACCUGCAACUUUCAACGUUCCUCAGUCAUUGUUUAGUGCUCAUCGCUAGUAGAUGCAACUUUGCCUAGUUCAGGCUCAGAAGAAACGAAAAAUAAACCGGUCGUGCUCAAAGUCCAAACAAUCCCCUCAUCUUGCGUGGACCUUCUGAUAAAAGUGGCAAAUAACAAAGUGGUCCAUCUAACUGUACCGUUCUUUUGCAAACAACAAGCAAGUUCAAGGCCAAAAAGCCUGAAGGGCUGGAAUUGCGUGACGAGUAACAAACCACGAACGAAAAAUCACAUCAUUGUGGACCUAAUAGGUGCAAUUCUGCAUAAGUAGAAGAAAUGGCGCAGCAAGUGCAGCAAGUUUUCAAAACCGCCCUCAAAGUCACGGGCCCAAGCCGAUCCAUGUCAACCGGUGUCCUCGGGUCAAUUGAUGGUAAUCUUUCACCCAAACGCACCCAAAACAUUCAUCUAUCGGUGCAGCGUGAUUAUCCCGCUGCAGCAGCCUUGCCCCUACCGGCCAACAUCGAUCCAACCGAAACGACACGUUUUUCGCCGCAUCGUGCCCGGGACAUUAAUUCGUCUGCAAUACUGACGCACCAGUCCUCUUACGUGGCCAAUAACAUCGACGUCACCGUGGAUAAUUCCAAUGUUCGCUUGAAUAGCGUUGAUCCGCACGUGCAGUCGUACGAUUCUCGCGGGGGAGUGUCAAUGCACUCGGUGAUGCAGAGCAACGUCCCGAGCCCGUUCGGGGGCAUGCACAAAUUUACGCAUCUGAACAUGCCUGGCGGAGGCUGGGCGCAGGAGGGCAAAUUCAUGGCACAGGAUUUACAAGCAUCUCACUACACCAACCUGCGUAAGGAAGUGCGUUCGGAUUGGUCCAGCUACGAGGACAAACCUCAACCAAAAGGUACUUUGGCGUUGCUAGAAAGCUAUAACAAGCACCGGCUGCUUAAUAAAAGCAUUUUUAUCGGUAACACUAACAGUAGCAUUAGAACAUUUUCACUUUGUCAUCGUCAAAUGGCUCAAAACAAUCCGAAAGCUAAACAAAUGACUGAGGAACCGGAAGUAUUGAAAGAAAAAACGACCGAUUCAGACGUCGCUCCCGAGGUUCAGUUGACACGAAAAGACAAACUCAAAAAGGCUGUCAAGGAGUAUGGUUCCACCGUUAUGAUUUUUCAUGUAGGAAUCAGUUUAGCUUCCUUGGGAGCUUGUUAUGUUUUAGUUUCUAGCGGAAUAGAUAUGGUAGCACUAUUGGAACGAUAUGGGCUCGGCGGAUCAACGUUGGCCACCAAAGCUGGUGCCGGUACUGGGACAUUUGUGAUCGCCUACGCCAUCCAUAAAGUAUUCGCACCAGUUAGGAUAAGCAUAACACUGGGCGCAACGCCUUUCAUAGUUCGGUAUUUAAGGAAACGUGGUUUCCUAAAGCCACCCAAGGCUUCACCGAAGACCGUGGGUGGCGCUGCUAAAUGACUUUAUUAUAAGUAUAUUAUAUCUUCAUACAUUUAAUAAUCAAAAGGCAAAAUUUAAAGGAUUGUUAAGGUUAAAUUUUUUAUAAAAUAGAUAUUAUUUACGGUA